AUGCCUGGCCUACAGACAAAUAGUCGCAUUUCGAACGGCAUCGUCUGGGCAGAAUACGUAGCAGCUAACCUCUCAUUGCCUCUCUACGACUAUGCGGUCGGAGGUGCAACGACUUCGAAUGCUCUUAUCCAGGGCUACACAGGCGCAAAGGGUGAUAUUGCCGUACCUUCUGUUAUUGAUCAAGUCGUCUCGUUCUUGGCGAAGAUGAAUCCUCAAGGAGGAGCAUUUGGAGCGUCCGAUUCGAUGGCAACGGAAACCCCAUUGCUGAUCCUGUUUGCUGGUGCCAACGACGUUCUGUUUAAUGCCAACAUCAGUGCUUCGCAGUCGUAUCAAAUUAUUCGGCAAGCCGAAGCAAAGCUACGCGAUGCGUACCCAACUGCCAGAGUCUUGACUCUAACACCGCCGGAUAUCUCCAGACUUCCGUAUGGCUUCUACUUGGAAGACAGUCUGGCAAAGAACCAGUUGCGAACUUUCACCGACCAACUGGGAGAACUACUCGACAGGUCAAAGACAGGAACUGUCAACGUUGAUCUUCGACCGCUCUUUGACGACUUUGAGUACUAUGCUUCCCCUCGGGCGUACGGAUUCGACCCCUUGGGAAAGUACGGCAGUUGCCUCGAAGGUGAAUAUGGUGAGACGCCAAAUGUGACGAUCUGCGGAGACCCAGGUAGGCGGGUGUACUGGGACGAAUACCAGUGA